UUGUCUUGGUGUGUGGGGACGGUCAUUGUCAGCUUUCUGAACAGAGACAGACAGGAUGGACUUCCUCCGGCUACACCUCCCUGGGCUGCAUCAGGCCUUGAUGGGGGCACUGGACUCCUUCAGCAACUUUGUCUCCUACCUCGUGGGAGAUGAGGUCCCCACUGCAGGGGGGAGAGAGGCUCAGGCAACCAAGGAACUAGCGGACAUGAGUGCAGAAAGGCCAAAGAGGGCUGCGGAGGAGGAAGCUCAGGAGGCCCUGAAGGGCCUUGGAGGCAGCCGAAGAGAGGGGAAUGGAGGGCCUGCAGAGGCUGGAAGACACCAGGAGGGAAGCUUAGCUACAGAACAGACCUGGGAUUGGAGAGAAGGCAGCUCCUGUGGGUCCCAAGCAGACAGACAGGACACUGAGGCCUGGGAGGCAGCCAAGGCUGCCAGGUGCCAGGAGCCAAAUGCCCCCUCAGAGGCCAGGAAGAAGUCUGAGGCAGGGUCUGUGGCUGGCCAAGACUGGAGCAGCCAAGCCCAGGAGAGGCAGGAGCCUGAUGAGCAGGAAGUGAACAGAGGGGAGACACUGAGAACUUGGGAACAGGAGGAGGAGGAGGAAGAGGUCAGGGCAAGAGAGCCAGGGGUGGCCGAAGGGGCGGAGUCAGAACGGACCUGGCCUGGUGAGCCUGAGGGGAAGGCUGGCGUUGGCUGGCAAAAUGCAGCUAGGGAUGGCAAGGAGACAGAGCAGGUAGACAAAGAGACAGUUGCAGAGGAGACCCAGGGGCCUGAGGCCAGAGGGGCUGGGAGGAAAGAAGAGGUUGUGGUAGUGGUGAGGGGUGGCCAAAUCACAGGGGCACAGGAGACAUGGAGGAUAGGGGCAGAGGCGACCUCAAGCAGGGAAGAGGCUGACCAUCCAGUAAUCAGGGAGACAGAAUAUGGGGCGGUCCCAGGAAAAAGGACCCCAGAGGAUACUGAGAGUGUCUGGGUUCUAAAUGAGGCCUCCAAGGAAGACUGGGAGAAGGAGGUGGAUGAGAAGAGAGACUCUAAAGAGAGCCUUUUCCCUAAACAGACCCCGGCCCUGGGGACUGAGGGAGUGGAAGAAGGGGCUGGGGAUCAGGCAGCAGAGAGGGAGGCUGCAGGAAGCCUAGGGUCAGAGGAGGAGGUAGGGGAGGGCUUUGAGGGCCAGGCUGACCAAGGCAGGAAAGAGGAUGAGGGAAAGCAAGAUUCAGAGAUCAGGGUUGAUCAGGCCAGGCUGGAGGAGAUGGUACAGGCAGAGGAGGCCAAGGAGGAAAAAGGGAGUGGCUGGGCCACAGAGGCCCAGCUGCCCCAGGACAAAGAGGCAAAAGGGGCUGAAGGUGAUGCUGACUUGGAGACAACCCCAGAGGCCAGACCUGAGAAGGUGUUCACGGGGCAGAGAAGUGAGGAGGAGGCUCAGAGAGGCCAAGAAGCACUGAGGGUGGAAUGGGGAGGCCUUGAAUGUGAAAUCACUGAAGGCCAGGAACCUGAGCUGAUGGGAGGGGCCCCGUCUCCAACAAAGAAACCUGAGGGAGGACAGGGGGCUAAAGAAAAUCUCUGGAGAGCUCUAGCCCUAGGCAAAGAGGAAACAGAAAGGAACCUGGAAGGGGAUUCCAGGUACUUAGAGUAUAUACAGCCUGAUGUCCAAGUCUCUGAGGCUGAAGCCUGGGGAAAUGAGAGGAGAAGGGAUGUGGAGAGAGGAAAUAUCCAGGAGAAAGCAGAAGCCGAGGAGGUGGAAGAGGAGGCUGCAGGAGGCCAGGCUCUGGAGGCUGAGGCAGAAAGAGGCCCAGAGUCUGAACUACUCGAGAUCCUGGAGGCAGAAGUGGAGCGGAAGAAAGCAAAGGACACUGGUUGUGGGACAGAGGAGGAAGAGGCCCUGGAAGCAGAGAACCAGGAGCCAGGUGGGGGCUGUGGGGCAGGAGCAGGGGCAGGCCAGUCACUGGAAGAUUCAGAAGCCAGAGAAGCUGAGGAUGGGGAGGUAGAAGUUGCAGUACCACAGGGAGCAGACAGAGCACCCAGAAGAGGCUGGAGGCUGGAGGAGGUGGCUCUGAGCCACCAGGAAAGCAAGGACAUGCAGACCAGAAGUUCUUUGGCUACCAAGAUUGUGGAGGAUAAGGCAGCCCUGGAUGUAAAGGAGGCCAAGGUGGAAGAAGGGCCAGAAGGGGAGGCUGGGGAUGCCUGGGAGAGGGAGUUUAAGAGAAUCUGGGACUCAGAGGAGAGAGAGGAGGCUGGGGGAGGUGGGGAGCUGCCUGAGGCCCAGCAUGGGGAGGCCACAGAGGGAGAGAACAGAGGUGGGCAGUUCAGCCUGGAGGACUCUGCAGAGGAGGGGGUGACGGGCAGAGGUGGCCAGGCAGAGGCUUUUGAGGCCAUGGAGGGAGAUUCUGAGGGAGACCAGACCGAGGCUGGGGAAUCUGCAGUGGCAGGAGGAAGCUGGAGGAUAGAUCAAUUUACCUCAGGCUCCCAGGUGGCAAGAACAGAGGGGACGAUGACCAUGGGGGAGGCUGAGGGGCUACCAAGAGAGCAGACAGUGGAGGGAACAGAGGCUGGGGAGUGGAAAGCGAUGGAGCAGGGGGCAGACAGUGAAGGGCAGCAUGGGGACAACCACCCUGAGGGAGAGGCACACAGGCCCCUUGAUUUGGAGGAUGUUGAGGUGGCUGGAGGCCAGAGGCCAGAGGCUGAGGAGGCCGGGGAAGCCAAGGAAGCCAGGAAAGCCAAGGAGGCCAGGGAAGCCAAGGAAGCUGGGAAAGCUGAGGAGGUCAGGGAAGCUGAGGAGCCUGGGAAGGCUGGGGAAGACAAGGAGGCUGAGGAGGCCAGGGAAGCUGAGGAGACUGGGGAAGCUGGGGAAGCUGAGGAGGCUGGGGAAGCCGAGGAGGCCCAGGAGGCUGAGGAGGCUGGGGAAGCUGAGGAGGCCGGGGAAGCUGAGAAGGUCAAUGACAUUAAGAAGUCUGAUCCAGAAGGCCUGGAAGAUGUCAAGGGCCAGAAGGAGCAGCCAACAACCCAAGACCCUUCAAAGGCUGAGCCUGAGAUGCAAGGGGAGGCAGAGGCUGCAGAGACCACAGAAAGUACCAGAGGGCAUGCUCACAGCAGCUGGAGCAAGGCCUUGCUCCCUGGGUCCCGCCUGGAUGUCUCCAUCCCACGGAGCCGUGCACUCCUCUCCCGCAGUUCCUCACAGCGCCGCUCCCAGCCCUCUUUCCGUCGCACCCCUCCAUCUGGGCCGCAAGAGGAGCCCUCCAGCCCGGCACCUGAAGCAGAGCUGUCAGCCCCCCAGCAGAGACUUCUCCAGUCAGUGGAGCCCCCGGAAUCAAGCCCUCCAAGGCCUGAGGGGACCCCGGUGCCAGCCAGGAGAAGGCCCCUGGGACACGGGUUUGGCCUUGCACACUCCGGCAUGAUGCAGGAACUGCAAGCACGACUGGGCCAGCCGAAGCCCCAGUGACUGGGACCCGAGAUCCUGAGAGCCAGGCCCUGAGUGCUAUCAGAAGGCCCAGGUGGGCCCCGCUCCCCUCAGCUCCCUCUGCAACUUAGACACAUCCUUUCCACCCUCUGGGCCUCAGUUUCUUGGUGUGUUGUUCAUGGAGCCAAGAAAACCAGAUGUCCCUAAGGACAACGAACUUACAGAGUCUGAUUUUCCAGUGCAGGCUGGUGGCCCACCCACCCCACUGGGACCGUCUCUCACAGUUCCUGCCCUGAAUUACCUCCACAGCCUGUCUCAGCUGUCUGGAGUUUGAAAAGACUUGGAAGAGACAGGGACAAUUAUCCCCACAGCCCUCUCCUCUCUGACUCCCCCUCUGGCCCCCCACGCCCCCACAGAGCUGUGUAGGUGUAACAAGCCUCCGGAGAUGGAGCCAGCCCAAGGGGAAGGGGUUUUGGAGGGUCUGAGGACACCAAUUGGAAUCAAAGGUUGGUGGAUAGCAGACCAGUUGCCUUGGGCUUCCAAAAUGGUAGCUCAGCCUCAGAAUCCUGCUGGUUAUUAUGGCAACCACCAGCUGAGGAGGCCAGAAUGGGGGACCCCAAAAAUUUAGACGCAGAGAAGGGUCCAGGGUAGCCAGAGGCUAUAGACUCCAUUCCAGGUCUUCUUGCCCUUUGGGGCCCUUCCCUGAAAAGAAAUUGAGACAACAGAGAGGAGCAAGAGUGCUUUAUUAGGCACCCAGCACAGUGGCCCAGCCCGAGGAGGACCAGCAGGCCCUGAAACAAUAAAUAAACCAUCCUCUCCCUGAACAAUAAAUAAAUAUCCAAGAAAUAAAUAUCUGU